CUUUCAGGCUUUCACCUUCCCAUAAAGUCUCUCUCUCUCUCUCUCUCUCUCUCUCCGGAAACCGUACGCCCACAAACGCACACUGCUCUGCUCUAAAGCUCACGCACUCUGCUCCUUCACCUCAUUCCCAUUCACACUCUCACUCACUCCACUCACUCUUCAACUCCUUCUUCUUUUCCCCUGUAUCUAUGAAGUUCACUCUCUCCUUCGCCUCGCUAUUUUCUUAGUAUUCUUCCCAUUCUCUUCGCGCUCAAGGAAGAAGUGGUUCGCGGCCUCUCGCCAUCACGUUCCCGGUCCAGCAGUCCGGCUCGAGCUGGUUCGCCCUUAACAGGUCUUCUGCGUAGAAAGAAACACGCCAGCAUGGACUCCGAUAUUGCGAGAUCCGGAAGCUUGAGGCCGUUGGGAGAGGCACUGGCGCCUCUAAUGGAGGGUCCAGACACAACAGAGGGUGCGGACAGCGGGAGUGAUUCGAAGCGGGUCGGGUCAGGCAUAGGAAGUUGGAUGAAGGGUCAGCUGUCACGUGCUCCGUCUGUGUCUUCCAUGUCCUACAAGAGGACUGAUCUGAGGCUCCUUCUCGGCGUCAUGGGAGCUCCUCUCGCACCUGUCUAUGUCUCUGCGGCGGACCCCUUGCCUCAUCUCAGCAUCAAAGACACUCCUAUUGAAACUUCAUCUGCUCAUUACAUAUUGCAGCAGUAUACUGCUGCCUCUGGAGGGCAGAAGUUGCAGAACUCAAUAAGAAAUGCAUAUGCAAUGGGAAAGGUGAGGAUGGUAGCUUCUGAGUUUGAAACUGCAACUAGAGUAGUGAAAAACCGGAAUGCCUCUAGGUGUGCGGAGUCCGGUGGAUUUGUGCUCUGGCAGAUGAAUCCCGACAUGUGGUAUGUAGAGCUUGCAGUUGGGGGAAGCAAGGUUCAUGCCGGUUGCAAUGGCAAGCUUGUUUGGAGGCACACACCUUGGCUCGGUGCUCACACAGCUAAAGGACCUGUGAGGCCUCUGCGCCGUGCACUUCAGGGUCUUGAUCCUAGAACCACUGCCAGUAUGUUUGCUGAUGCAAAAUGCAUAGGCGAGAAAAAUAUCAAUGGCGAGGAUUGUUUCAUCCUUAAACUUGUUACUGACCCCGAAACAUUGAAGUCUCGAAGUGAGGGUCCUGCUGAGAUCAUAAGGCAUGUCUUAUUUGGCUACUUCAGCCAAAAGACUGGCCUUCUUGUUCAUAUUGAGGAUUCUCAUCUCACCCGCAUCCAAUCCAAUGGCGGUGAUGCAGUUUAUUGGGAAACUACAAUCAAUUCAUACCUUGAUGAUUACAGGUCCGUGGAAGGGAUCAUGAUUGCCCACUCAGGGCAUUCUGUGGUAACUCUUUUCAGGUUUGGGGAGAUGGCCAUGAGCCAUACCAAAACAAAAAUGGAAGAGGCUUGGACAAUUGAAGAGGUUGCAUUCAAUGUCCCAGGUCUCUCAGUAGAUUGCUUCAUUCCCCCAGCAGAUUUGAGGACAGGUUCUGUCAGUGAAGCUUGUGAACUUCCUCAGGAUGACAGAGGAAAGAACACAACAUCAUUACACCGGGCCAAAGUUGUUGCAUUGGAGAAAUCUCAUAAUUGCAGUGUUGAUAAUAUGAUCUGGAAGAUGGAAAUCUAACAAUGCGGUUAGGAAUAUCAUCAAUUCAGGGCAAUUGUUAAUAGCAGUCACUAGUUUUCUUUACUACUAACGUCUAGAAUUUAGUUGUUAGUAUAGUGAUUCAGUUUUUCCCUUUUCCGGAGUUUGUUUAUGCCUCUAUAUCCUCUGUAAAUAGAGCAUAAAAAUUCGCGGGAGUGAAUGUUUAUACUCAGAUGCAGAAUCCAACUAAGGAGUUGGAGCUCGGUUUCCCUUUCGGAAUAGAGCAAAUGGAGGUUAAAUUUUUAGUUUACCUUCCAUAAGUAUGGGAAGGUGGUGAUGAAAUGUUGGUAUAGUAGACCAUUGAUGAACUUUUCUUACUUUUCAAGUUCCCCAAGUGUCGGUGGUGGUUAAUAUUAAAGAGUCUGCCACCGGCCAGGUGGCCACGGCCAGUUUGACUCUAACAGCUUCCACAUGGAGUGGAGGUUGUGUGUGUUUGGAAAGGUAAAGAUGGUGUUUUUGAUAGCUUUGAUAAUGGAGUAGGGUGACAGAGACAAUACUCAGUCUUAAAUUUGAUGUACCCAUCAUAUCUUUUCUAAUAUAUAUGAUUUUCGUUUGUAUUUUGA